ACGCACACCAUGCGUCUCUCUUCGGGAAGAUGGCUGCUGCUGUGUACAUGAUGCCAAACUGAAUGGACGGAAAACAAACCGAUAUUCCUAAAAUUCCCCCCUCUUCCCUCCUCUAUAUCCCGCUCCGCAUCCAUGCACACGCGUUUACGUUAAAAAGAACCCGAUUUUAACCUAGCGUGAAGAACUAGAAUGAUAAUAUGACCCAGAAGAAGAAGAAGCGAGUGAAUCGCAGUUUGUUACUGGCGAAGAAAAUCAUCAUCAAGGAUGGAGGAACGCCUCAGGGCUUCGGCGCCCCCAGUGUUUAUCAUGCUGUUAUCGUCAUAUUUCUGGAGUUCUUCGCUUGGGGUUUACUGACAGCACCUACUUUGGGAGCUCUUCACGAAACAUUCCCGAAACACACGUUUCUCAUGAAUGGCUUGAUUCAGGGGGUUAAGGGCCUGCUGUCGUUUCUAAGCGCUCCUCUGAUUGGUGCUCUGUCAGACGUGUGGGGAAGGAAGUCCUUUCUUUUGCUCACGGUGUUCUUCACGUGUGCUCCAAUUCCUUUAAUGAAGAUCAGCCCGUGGUGGUACUUUGCCGUUAUCUCUGUAUCUGGAGUGUUUGCCGUUACCUUCUCGGUUAUAUUCGCCUAUGUGGCCGACAUCACUCAAGAGCAUGAGCGCAGUAUGGCUUACGGCAUGGUCUCUGCCACUUUUGCGGCGAGUCUUGUGAUCAGCCCGGCCAUCGGCGCUUAUCUGAGUCAGGUUUAUGGAGACAGUCUGGUGGUGGUUCUGGCUUCUGCCAUCGCUAUGCUGGACAUCUGCUUCAUCCUGGUGGCCGUGCCCGAGUCACUUCCGGAAAAGAUGAGGCCGGCGUCCUGGGGCGCCCCCAUCUCGUGGGAACAAGCUGACCCCUUUGCUUCUCUGAGGAAGGUGGGUCAGGACUCGACGGUUCUGCUCAUCUGUAUAACAGUGUUCCUGUCGUAUCUGCCUGAAGCUGGACAAUACUCGAGCUUCUUCCUGUACCUGCAACAGAUAAUGGGAUUUUCCCCUGAAAGUGUCGCUGCAUUCAUCGCUGUUCUAGGAUUGCUGUCUAUUGUUGCGCAGACUGUAGUGUUAAGUUUACUCAUGCGUUCCAUCGGGAACAAGAACACAAUUUUGCUGGGCCUGGGAUUUCAGAUUCUGCAACUCGCCUGGUACGGGUUCGGAUCUGAGCCAUGGAUGAUGUGGGCAGCCGGAGCAGUUGCCGCCAUGUCUAGUAUCACUUUCCCUGCUGUUAGCGCCCUGAUUUCCCGCACAGCUGACCCGGAUCAACAAGGCGUGGGUCAGGGUAUGGUUACGGGAAUCCGUGGACUGUGUAAUGGUUUGGGUCCGGCGCUCUACGGUUUCAUCUUCUACAUCUUUCAUGUCGAGUUGGACCAAGUUCCAGAGAAAGACCCAGAUAUACCGCAUCACCAUGAUCCCCACCAACAGAGUGCAAUAAUCCCAGGACCGCCGUUCCUCUUCGGCGCAUGUUCUGUGCUGCUGGCGCUCCUGGUGGCUCUUUUUAUUCCCGAACACCCCCAUAUGGGCACUCGUUCGGGCAGCUGGAAGAAGCCCACAUCACCCCACGGGCACUCACACAGUCCCCACCCGCCCGGAGAGGCCAAAGAGCCCCUCCUACAGGACACUAACGUGUGAUUGGGUGUUUCCAUGUGGCUGUAUUGGCCACGCCCCCUAACCAUUGAGAAACGAACUGCGCAUGGAGGCUGUUGUCAUUUAUUGAAACGUAAAACUAUAUCGAAGGCAUGCACAGUCUUGCACCUAGAGCUCUACCUUCCUGCAGAGUUUUGAACUUGCUAAUUAAGCAUGAAAAUUACAGACGGGUGUGUGUGAACUCUGCAAGAAGGAAAGUCUCUGAUUAAGACUAGGCGUCCCUAUUGUAUCAUGAAUAGAGCACCACUUUUUAAAAGAAAUGUGUAUAUAGAAGAACAUAUAUUUAAUGACGGUUCUGUCCAAAGGCACUAUUGCAAUGGCUUCUAUUUAUUCUUUUUUUUUUUGCCUUUUCUUUUUUAUGUUGCUCUUUUUUGAUUUAUAGUUCUUCAUUUACCAUAGCUCACUCAGGGACAUUAACCCGGUCAGGAAUGUUUCCGGACACAAGGUGUUCUCCUUAUCAGAAGGGCCUGGAGAGAACAUGCACACAAACAAAAGGCGUCAUUCAUGAAACGCAAGCAGAACGAAUUUGUGCAAAUCGCUAUUCGCAAGAAUUCACAUAGAACAAACGUAUGUAACUCGUUCGUAAAAACAUUCGUACAUUUUGAAAUGGGGAAAAAAAAUGGUGUAAAUCGUUUUAUAAAAUUAUUUGCGUAGGACAAAUUUUAAUUCGUAAAACCAUUCGUAAGAAUUUCAGCCGAAUAUGUUUGUGUAAAGCUACUUGCAAAAUUUUUGAGCGGAACAGAUCCAUUGUAAAUCCAUCCAUGAAGCGAAUUUCAAAAUUUGAGUAAAUUAGUCUUGAUAAGAAUUCAUGCCGAUAGAAUUUUUGUAAAAACAUUAUCUGAAUUCAAAUUGAUUUAUGUAAAUUGUUUGCAAAACUCUUGAGUUUGUUCGUGUAAGACUUUAAACCGAGCGAAUUUCUGUAAAUCAUCGUAUAACUUUCGUUGAAAUUCGCUUGUCGUUCUUGAGGCCCGGUUACCUUUUUUAGGAAGCAUAUUGUACAGAUUUUCACGUGAAUGGCCUUAACGGAGUUCAGUUUCAGACUUUGACAAACAAACAUUGCGUUGGAAUGAUUGUGGUACAGCUUUAAAGUUUCCUUUUUUGUCGUUUGUUUAAGCUGAUGCCUGUUUCCUUUAUAACACUUAGAAUCAAUGGUGCCUUCCCCAGCUUAAAUUGUGUUGUUGACGGAAACUGGUGAAUACAAGUGAUGCGUGUAACUUCCGGUUGGGAGUUCUGAUUAGCCUCAGCCUUUCUUAUACAACUGAAGUUGAGUUUCGUUUAACAGCGGGAGAACUGACUCUAAACCAGUAGUGAAACUGAAAUACAUGGCGCGUCAUUUGUCUGGAUUCGCUUUGGCCUUGUGUAGAAACAUUCUUUUACGAAAAACAUGUACGUUUACGCAAAACACUUCCUAAAUGCCAACUGACAAAGUAACAUUUGAGAAAAAGGUGAAAUUUGCCAGUGGUCUUUCUAUAUUUUUUUGUUUUCAUAGAGGCAGAUGAAUGGCUUGUUUUAAGAUACAUUUGACCAAAUUUAUAUUUUAUUGACACAAGACAGAUGAGUUCAUCUGUAAUAUUAGUUGUGUGGUUUGGAUAUUUAUGAGAUGAUUUCCUGUAAUAUAUUAUCUUCGUCUCAGAAUACAGUGUGCUUUUUUAUGUUCUGUGGUUUUGUUGUGCCGUCUUCAUUAUAAAUUUUAACAUGGUAUAUCGUUUUUUGACCGACCAAUGUAAAUAUGUCAAAGUAUCUAAACAUGCAUUUCAAUAAAGUUGAAUAUUUUUGCUGUA